CGAGUAAACUGAGUUUAAUAUAUUUUGUUUUCUCUGUUGGUCGGUUUAAUUUCUUGACCUCUCACUUUUUCUCCGAUCUUUAACAUGACCUCUCUUCUUCUUCCCCUGUAAAUCCUUUUCAAUUUCAACUUCCCUUUCACAAUCUUUGGUUUCUCAUGGAGGAAAUCCAUUGGGAUGCCCUCUUACUCGGGACCGACUUACCAGAUUUCGGAGAUAUCUUACAGAAUGAACUGGAUCCGAUAGCGGAACCGCCUCCUCAACCUUUUUCGACCGAACCUUUUUCGACCGAAAGUCUCGAUCAGGAACCGGCGGUGUCUUCAUGGAUCGGAGAGAUCGAGAAGGUCUUGAUGGAGGAUGAUCAUUUUGACGAUAGGUUUCAGACUCAACCUGUCUCCGUUGAUGAUUUCUUGGCGGAUUUACUGGUUGAUUCACCUCCUAGUGACGGCGGCGGUGUGGCCCUCGACGGUUCUGAUUUCCACAAACAAAACCAGACCCACAUCGACUUCGAUAAAGACGAUCCCGUUGCUAAGAAACAGAGAAGGCAGUUGAGAAACAGAGAUGCUGCAUUGAGAUCAAGGGAGAGGAAGAAGAUUUAUGUCAAGGAUCUUGAGAUGAAGAGUAGGUAUUUAGAAGGAGAAUGUAGGAGACUGAGCCGUAUGCUUCAGUGCUUCAUUGCUGAGAAUCAAGCUCUUCGUCUUACUUUGCAUAAGGGUGGCACACUUGAUGCGUCCUCAGCCAAGCAGGAGUCUGCCGUGCUCUUGUUGGAAUCCCUGCUGUUGGGUUCCCUGCUUUGGUUCCUGGGCAUCAUGUGCCUCUUCACCCUGCCGGCGCUGCCCGAGUCAGUUCUGGAGGCAGUUCCACCGGAAAACGAGGAAAUACGAGGGCCCAAAAGAGUGGCUCCAAGAGGGGAAGGGAGUAACCGGGUCGGACCAACAUUUGUAAUGAGUAGGAGAUGCAAGGCGUCAAGGGAAAAGAUGAAGGAAAUUUCAUGUUUUCUGGGAAUUUUAGUUCUAUUUUAGGGUAACGUGAUGGGGGUGUGGCUCGUGUUAAUAAGAUCCUUGUAGUUUGAUUAAUGGUAAGCACUCUUUCAUCUUUGUUUUGGCUUUUGAAACUCUUCUAUUGUACAUUUAGUUUGUUUGGAUAACUAGAAACUUAGAAGUUUUAAUUUAUAAAUU